AUGGCUUUAAAAGUCCCGAAGAGUAGCUAUCCUCAAUUAUUUAAAGAAGGUUAUAAGAACCUUCAAGGUGUUGAAGAAGCUGUAUUGAAAAAUAUUCAAGCUGUCCAUGAAUUGUCAGAAAUUGUUAGAACCUCUUUUGGACCAAAUGGGCGAAACAAAAUGGUUAUCAAUCAUCUUGAGAAACUUUUUGUUACCAAUGAUGCAGCUACUAUUAUUCGUGAAUUAGAAGUUGUACAUCCUGCGGCAAAAUUAUUGGUAAUGGCGAGUCAGCAACAAGAACAGGAGAUCGGAGAUGGUACAAAUUUUGUUUUGAUCUUUGCAGGAGAACUCCUCCAAAAAGCCGCAAAUCUUCUUAGAAUGGGACUUCAUCCAAGUGAAAUUGUUCAAGGGUAUGAACUUGCAAGUAACAAAGCUUCUGAAAUUUUAGAUGGAUUAUCGGUUGAUAGUGUGAACGAUUGUAAAUCAAGAAGUGAAUUAGAGAAAUCAAUUAAAACAUCAAUUGCAUCAAAACAAUCAGGAUAUGAAAAUUUACUUACUAAUUUAGUUAUUGACGCGACAUUAAUGGUUUUACCAAAAAAUCCUCAACAUUUUAAUGUAGAUAGCGUACGUAUAGUAAAAAUUAUGGGUAGUAAUAUUUAUGAAAGUAAAGUAGUAAAAGGUAUGGUAUUUGGUAGAGAAUCUGAAGGUACUGUAAAUAAAUCAUUGAAAUCAAAAAUAGCAAUAUUUACAUGCCCAUUAGACUUAGCUCAAACUGAAACAAAAGGUACAGUAUUAAUUCAUAAUGCAAAAGAAAUGUUAAAUUUUACUAAAGGUGAAGAGGAACAAAUCGAAAAAAUUUUUAAAGAAUUUGAAUCAGCUGGUAUAAAAGUUGUAGUGACGGGGGGUUCUGUUGGUGAAUUGGCCUUACAUUAUUUAAAUAGAUUUAACAUUAUGGUAGUGAAGGUUUUGUCAAAAUUUGAUUUAAGAAGAUUAUGUAGAGUUGUUGGUGCUACAGCUUUAGCUAGAUUGGGUGUACCUACUGCUGAAGAAAUGGGCCAUUGUGAUGUUGUUGAAACUGUUGAGAUUGGUGGUGAUAGAGUAACGGUCUUUAGACAAGGUGAGGACGAAAAAUCAAAAACUGCUACUAUUGUUAUUCGUGGUGCUACUCAAAAUGUUCUUGACGAUAUUGAACGUGCUAUUGACGAUGGUGUCAAUAAUGUUAAAGCUGUUACAAGAGAUCCUCGCCUCGUUCCUGGCGCUGGUGCUACUGAAAUGGAAUUAGUUAAACAAUUAACUUCUUUCGGAGAGAAAACUCCCGGUAUCAACCAACAUUCAAUUAAAGCAUUCGCUGAAGCACUUGAAGCUUUUCCACGUACUUUAAGUGAAAAUAGUGGUUUAGAUGUUACAGAAAUUUUACCGAAACUUUAUUCGGCUCACCACAAUGAAUCCACUUCAGCCACUGAGGAUGAUAAAUCCGGCGCUUGUGUUGGUAUUGACAUUGAAAAUGAUGAUAUUGUUGAUGUUACUAAAUUACCUAAUCCCGUCUUAGAUGUUUUAAUAACUAAACACUGGGCUAUUAAAUUUGCUACUGAGGCUGCACUGACUGUUUUAAGAGUUGAUCAGAUUAUCAUGAGUAAACCUGCUGGUGGACCUAAACCUCCUCAACAGAACUCUAAUUGGGAUGAAGAUUAA